AUGCUCUUACGGACAUUUAAGCAGGCUUUUUGUGGCCGUUCUUCCAUUGUAGCCAAGCGCUAUGCCUCCUCACAGUUUGUCGUAAGUCGGCCUAUUUUUUUUACUACUUAUUCUCAGCACCGUGACAGCGCUGAUAAUAAUCGAACUGUUAAGUUUGAGUUUACUCCCGAAAGUCGGAAGCGCCUGGAGAGCGUGCUGGCACAGUAUCCACCUGCCCACAAAUCGGCUGCGAUAAUGCCAGCUCUGGAUAUAGCUCAAAGGCAACAUGGCUGGUUACCCUUGAGCGCUAUGGCCAAGGUUGCGGAGUUUAUAGGUGUCCCUGAGAUCCGUGUUUUCGAAGUUGCAACGUUUUACACAAUGUUUAACAGCGACCAAAUUGUUUUCUGUGACAUGUACAAUUUUUUUAGGAAACCCGUGGGCAAAUACCACGUGCAAAUUUGCACAACAACCCCCUGUAUGCUUGGUGGUGCCGGGUCGGAUGUCAUCAUGGAGGCAGUAACAAAAAAACUAGGUAUCAAGCCCGGCCAGACGACUGAGGACAAGUUGUUCACCCUUUCGGAGGUUGAAUGUCUUGGCGCCUGUGCGAAUGCACCGAUGAUGCAAAUCAACGAUGACUAUUAUGUAGGUUUUUUCGCACAGUUUACAAAAACUGCCUCGCAGCUGUUAUUCACAAUCAGCAUGUUAUGCAUAUUUUCCUCCUCCACCACCAGGUCCGGUUUUCUUGCGUUUAAGUUCCGAUUUUAA